AUGAUUGUGUCAUCACUUCAUCUUGCUGUCUCCAAAAACUAUGGCGCGUUCCUUCGUCUCGCCGACUCUGAUGACUCUUGCGUGUUCAGUUGUUUCGUUGUUUUAGAGUCUUUUUGCUCUGUCGACUCUGGCAGUUUAUUCAUCUCUCCUUAUGCUCUGACGACUCUGUCAGGUUACUUCAUCUCUCUGUCUGCUCUGACGAUUCUCACAGCCACGACUUUUCUCAUUUCUUGCUACGCUUCUCCUCGCUGCCACCCAAUCUUAUCAUUUCUCGCCGUCGCUUCACCACGUCGCCUUCGAAACACAACUUCGCAAGAAAUCUCAUAA